GUCCCCGUGUACGACAACAGUAGACAAUGGCGAGUUGGUGCACUAGCGAAAGCUUUAUUAUUCAGCAGGACGCGGAUUGCUUGCGGUCGAAACUCAUUCAAUGUGUGGGUUUUGAAAGUAUCUUAAAAGUGUUUUUUGGGACACACAUUCUGGAGGAUCUCAGGCUUUUAAAAGAUUGUAAGCCUGCAAGUGUGUCAAAUUGGUCAUUUGAUGAAAGUUGUCUUUUCUGCUGCUUAAGACGAGAAAACGUAAAGAAACAUGUAGUUGCACUCAACAAACAAAUUGUGGAAAGUGGAGGUAAACCUUUACUUGGUAAAGAUCCUUCUAAUAUCAACAGACUCGAGUGGCAAUCAGAGGAGUUCCUGCAUGCGGUGUUACACAGGAAAGAAUACACACCAAGGAUUCCAGAUCCACACAUCCCUGUGGUUGCUUGUGAAAUUGUGCAACAAAUGAUUAAUCAGUUAGCCAAAUAUUAUACCUCAAAAAACAACUGCUCCCAGGACUUCCUUCAAAACAAUGGAAAAAAGGACCAAAGCCUUUUGAAAUCUAGCUGUGUCACAUCAUCUAGUGUUGUCAAUACAGCUGCUGCUGCUGCUGCUUCUUCUCAGAACCUUGUCAUUAACGAGUUCAUCAUGGCGGACCAGGAUGCCCCGCUGGACCUUUCGCUGAAGAAGAUUAAAGUAGAGAACUUGGAACAAGAUGGAGUUCUUGACCUUUCAACCAAGAAGGAUUUCAACAAAGGGCAUGCAUCAUCUUUCAGGAAUUCUCAUGGCCAUGUCAGUCCGGCUGCACCUUUGGUCAAAAGGGACCAUGGUGAUGUGAGUCUUGCCCAAGUAAGAGAUCUACACUCGGCCUCCACUUUGGAACAGUUCAUGUCUAAUCUGUGUUUGCAUCACCAGCAUCAAAUAGUUGAUGCAUUGGGGUUCUUGCAGACUGAAGUCAAGACUGUGGCCCCUUCCAGCAGUUUUCAAGCACCUGCUCCAACUUUGUCAGAGAAGCAAAGAACAACCAGUUGUAAUCAUUUAUCAUUUGAAGCAAGGUCUGAGAUUCAGUGGUCUGAGAGAACAUGCUCUGUGGAUGCUGCAGUAAGCAUUACUAGAACUCAAGAAUCAUCUUUUGUCAGGUCAAGUGAAGAGGAUACUGAAGAGGCUUUAAAUGCUGAUGUCUCCAGUAUUGCACCUGUAAUGACUGAAAUGCCAGUAGACAUUCACAACUUGGGUGUUGGAUUUUUGUGUUCUUCCUCUUGUAGAACAGGUGUUGAGUGUGGAAAUGUAAUUACUCCUAAAUCUCCAAGCCUUUUUAUCAUGAAUAAGACAAAGUUUGAUCAUCUGGAACCAAAAGAGUUGUUAGGCUCAAGCAUUCAACGUGUUGGUACAAACACUGUAAAGAAGUGCCUAUGCAAUGCUGAAAGAUGUUUACCAACAUGUUCUGCAGAGUCUGAUAAUGCCGAGCUCUCUUUUAAAUGCGCACAGAAGUGCUCUAUAGUAAAAAACAAAGAUGAAAGUGUAACGCACCCCACCAUUCAAAUGACAUCUACUGUAGCAUUACCAAUAUCUCCAAGAACAGCCAGGAAAAGCAGAAAAGGUUCUUGUGUGACGCAAAGGAAUUGUGCUUCAAAUUAUAUCCUAAAUGAGCCUGAUUGCGACUUGGUGUUCAUUCGAAAAUCAAUAACUGAAUGUCAGCCUCAAUCACGUAAUCGGCUGCAUCCACGACAAAAUGCCCGGAAGAGCACAAGGGGUCAUAAGUACAUUGAGGAGUUCUUGGAACUAAAAACUGUUCGUACGUUAGCUCGUAAGUUUGUAAGUGAUGCCAGUGGGAAUUGUCCAGCUCAUCUGCCAGAUGUGCAUACUUCAGUCACUCCAAAACAGUCCCUUUCCAAGCCUGACAGUGUUCCGCUCAUGAACGCACCGUUUACAGGGGAUUGCAUGGAAAAUGUUAUUCAGAAACUACCAUCAGAGCAGAUACUGAAGAAUGAAAUGCCAGGAGAUGUUGUAAAUGUUACCAAUCAAGGCCUGAUGCUGGAAACCACUCAGACUUGUAAAACUGAAAACAAUUAUCAAAUUUCCCAUGAACUUGCAUGUAAACGGAGUGAAUUAACCAUGCAACAAGAUUUGAUCACAAAUGCUCUCUGUUGUGUUCCUAAUACAAUUGUGCAUGAAAAACAUAAGGACAUGGUAGAAGUCAUAGAAUCCACUGAAACAACAGAACACAUUGUACAGAUCGAAGGGAGUGAUUCUAAAAAAGGACCAUUGUUGAAAGAUGUGGUUUGUGGUUUAGGAAGUAAGUGUCAAGAUAAAUCCACUGAGCCAUCACUGAGGUGCUCAGUAUCACCUAACAUAGCCGAAGAUGAUUCUACUCGUGAAUUCAGUGUGGAAUCAAGAAAUGACUCAAAUCAAAACCUCUCAAAAGUCAAGAUUUCAGCUGAUCCCAAGGAACAAUCAGAGGUGGUUGAAAUAAAGGCAAAUACUGAGGAGGAUCAAGGUGCUCAAGAGCAAGAUUUGCAUGAUGUUGAAAUGAAUGUGAAAAUGGCAAAUACUUCCAAACUACCAAUGGAGAGUCGAGGGGAUUCAGAGGUGUCCAGCCUGAUGGAAGUCAUUGCUGGACAGCCACUUUUAAAAUGUAAUGAGAAGGAUAUGUCUUUGCAUACUCAAAAAGAUUUGGAUGCAAAAAUGGUGCUAGCGAAGCAGGCUGUGUUCUCUGACAGAUGCUUACGUAGUAGAGGUUCAAAAGGUAGUAUUGAUGUAGUAAAAGGCACCAAGUGUGAUGCAUCAGAACUUGUUAACUCAAAGAUGACACAUUCCAAUGAUGAAAGCACAAAGAUUCCUUGUGUUAAACAGCCUCUGAAUUCUAUUGAAACAAAUGUGCAUUCUGAGGGUGAGCACAAUUUGAAAACUUCAGAAAAUCGUGAAAGAGGAGCCAAAUCUAAUAAGAGACUAGUUUUGGAUCAUACAGUUGAAAUGAGACAAAAACAAAAAUCUAAAUCAGCUGUUGAGAAAGACGAGCAUCAGAGUCCAAACAUCAAAACUGACAAUGAUGACAAAGUAACAAUUAUGUCACCUGAUGUUCUGGAGACUGUGAGCAUCACCUCCACUAUCAAGACUGGACAAGGCUCUGAAAGCUCUGAAAAAAUGGCACUUAGAAGUAGUCAUAAUGAACUUUCCAUUAGUAGAGAGAACUCUUCUCCCAUCAAAAAGUUUCCACUAAGCUCUGAAAAUAUGCUGUUGAGAAGUAGAAUUGAUAUUGAACCACCUUGUAGUAGCGAAUCAAGCAGUCUGACCCCAGUAGGUCAUCCAGAGAACCUAGGGCAGAUGCCUUUAAGAAAGAAUAGAUGUACUAGUCAACAGGCAACCAACAGAGAUUUGUGCACAUCUCAUAAAGGGGAUACUGAGAGUGUGAUGCGUAUGCCUUUAAGAAACAGGACAAGCAGCACAAUUAAACAGACUGUUAACAGAGAUUCCCCUGUUAAAAGUUCUAUGAAAGGUUCCAAUUCAGUAACGUCAUCCCAUUCAAGUGUCUUCAGUGAACAACCUAUCUGUUCUCACUCAAAUACUACCUGUAAAAAUACAGAGGUCAUAAGUCACAUGCCCUUAAGAAGUGGUACCAAUUCAACUGCAGAAAUCCCCCCUAACAGGAAAUCUGCUAUUGAAGAAGCUUUGGAAAGCCCUGUUCGCAUGUUGAGGAGAGGGAAUGCAUCUUUUACUGAAAAGCCUUGUGGAUCUGCAACACCAUCUUGCACAAAUAAACGUUCUCCAAGACAGCAAACCGUUUUGGCAGAGAGCACAUUGAGUUCAAAACUAAAAAUCCAACCCCAGAAGAAUAUGGAGGUACAAAUAAAAGACUCUUUAAAUUUUCCAGAUGAAUCAGUCUGCUUAGCUAGUCUUCCGCAGACCAAACCUGUUGUUUGUAGUCCCCCUAAGUUUUUGGAAGCUAUAAGGGGAGAAGAACACCAGCAGUUGAUUUCCAAUUUAAAUACAAAGUUUGAUAAAAUGCACAAAUCUUGGAUUCAAAUGGACAAAGAGGGCCAUCCUGCACCGAAACACAAAAACAAGGCAGACAGACUUAAAGAAAUCUGGAAAAGCAAACGCAGAAUACGAAAGUCAAGACCAUUAGAGCAACAGAAAUUCUCUCAUGUGCAAAUGCUAUUCAUGAAGCCCUUUGACUUGCCCAGUAUAUGCAGGUGGUUCUUGGAAUCAACUGAAACAAAAUCACUUGUCAUUGUUAAGAAGGUGAACACUAGACUACCUUCUGAAACACAGCUGUGUUUUCAGACUGCUGGAACAGGAUCCUCUAAUGGGAUAUUUCCGAGUCAGCAGGCUGAACGGUUAAAAAAACAUCUGAAAAAGUUUGCCAUUGCAUCACCUGUGAAAAAUAACCCCAAGAAUCAAAGGCUAAUAUCAAAAGCUUUAGGUCGGGAUAUCUCUGUCAUGAGGAGUAAAGAAAAACAUGAACCAACUACUGCCACACGGAUCUCAACAAAGGCACAGAGUCUUGCUGGAGUGAUUGCAGCACAGGCUCCUGAGAGCCUUAGCACGAUCACGGGCAAUGUGAAAAAUCCAGCAAGUGCUAGAAUUCUUAGAAAAUAUUCUAACAUACGUGAGAAGCUUCAGGUACAGCAAAGCAAAAAAUGCAAGGAAAAAACAUUCAAAGGUACUCGUUUGAAAACAUCUAUCAUUCCAAAGAAAGCCGCCAAACAUAAAUUACCGACACGUAAAGGAGCAAAGUGUGCGAUUGUCCAGAGUUUCAAGUCCUUGACCAAAAAGGCAAAAACAAACUCCUCUACCCAUAAAAAACAAUCUCUAAAAAGAAACCAAGGUCACAAAGAUGGGAUCUCACCAAAAAGGUUGCAGGCACUCACAAAAAUGACAAAAGGCAAGAAGGAACAUGCCUCGACAAAUGCAUUAAGUAAAAAAGAGGCAUUGAUAAAAAAUGGAACUCAUAAGCUACAGCAAACAAAAGCAAGUGGGACUAAGGUUGACGUAAAGAAAUCAGUGCUCAACAAGGGCCCUAAUAAUUUGGAACGACAAUCUCUAGGUGUGAACAUGAAGCCUCUGUCAUUGGAAGACCAAGUGUUAACUAGGUCUCAAAGAAAGUUGGAAGCCACACCUUCACACACUGGGUCCAAAAAAAAAUCCCCCACAAAGCGAUGCUUGGAACCAUUGGUCACUCCAGUAAAACGAACAAAGACUUCAAAAUUAUGAAAAAUGUGCAGAAGUACUAGAUUUAUCUUGACACUUAAGUGGAAAUGAUUCCCUAAGAUCUAUAAGAGAACAACAGUGUGUGAUGAUGCUUUUCAAAACUGUUACUUUUGAGGCACAAAUUAUUUUUGAAGAUUUUAUCAUUUUUUAAGCCCAAGCAUUUUCAGAGCUUUGAAUAUAUUAUCAGAUCAGAGAGAUUCAUCUUAGUUUUGUCUAAACAAAUUUCUGUUAGUCCUCUUUUCAAUGUCAAACUUUUCAAAUAUGCUCUAAAAUGAUCUAGUUGUGAUUCUUUGUUUCUUGAUAAAGCCAUUCAUGUAAAAACAUAUUUAGUAAAAAAAAAUGGUUCGGAUUCCCAUUGAUGGGGUCUAAACUUGGGUUAUAAGUAACCAUAGGAGUCAUUUAUGUGUGGGACUUGUCCCUACCACUUUUUGAGCUUUCUUCAGGUAAUGCAGCAGAAACAUUGCCAGUUCUUAAGCAGGAGUUCCCAUUUUGUUUGUGUGUGUUAUAAGUGGCGAUCCGGCAAUUAAAUAUUUUGAGUGUU